UUUCGCAAGUUUGCAAACGUGCUCACUUGAGUAUUUAUUUGACGUGUCGCACUUUCGAAAAUAUCCUUCAUAAUGUUAAGGAUAUCCGUUUGUUUUUCUAUGUUCUUAGUCCUCAACAGUUUGAUAAGGAGAUGCCACUGUGUUGUGUAUACGUAUGAAGAUAUUGAAUUAAGGAGAAUAUUUCCAAGUGAAUUCCCUCAAGAUACUGUACGGAAAAGUGGUUCAGCAGAUCCGGAGCAUUUAGGUCGAUUUGCCGAAUUAAAAAGCUAUUUCAAAUAUCCGAAAGCUAAAGUAAACGCCCAUUUCGAGGAAUUGAUUUGCUAUGAGAAGAAUGACAAAAAGGAACCGCUGACGGCGGUUAUGAUGCUGACAUCAUCAACAGGAACAAGGCUAAAUCUGUUGAUGUGUAGAAUAGAUGUAGACCGCUAUUCUCCGGAAGAGGACAUGUACUACAUGUCUCCGGCAGCCGACAGUCACGUGGAUCGUCGCCGAGUCUACUGCUUCAUGCUGCUCUGCUUCACGGAAGACGAACUCGACCGAGUGGUGGCUUCGUUUUAAAUACACGAUGUUU